UACUGUAUGUCCAUUAAUUCCGAUUUUUUUCUGGGCUGGCUCAAGUUUACGUAGAACCACGGACAAUAUUUACCCAGAUGAAGGUUCCAACAUCAUGCUCUUUAACCGAGUUGCGAUGGAAGAAGUAUGAACUUGAUGUCUGCUGCUCACCUGAUGUUUAUCCUUCAGUAUUCAAUCAAAAAUGCGCGCUGUAUGCAGUGCUACCAGUGUCGCUCGGACCGCGACGAGGGCUGCUACGAAGCGCCCGUCGACGACAAUUACCUGCUGAGCUGUCCAGACAACGUCACGGGCGGCUCGCCCUUCUGCCGCAAGAUACACCAGAUACUGUAUUUCACGAAGAAUACUGACGAGGCGUAUGUGCGGGAGUGCGGCUACCUGCGGCACCCCGAGAAGGAGGCGUGCUUCCUGUCCCGGUUCCCACACACAGGCUACCAGCUCACCUGCGAGUGUGUCAACGAUGCCUGCAACGGUGCCGAGGUUCGCGACCUGCCGACAUUUGCCGCAGCCGCCACGAUCACUGUCGUCAUCGCCAUAGCCAUCUAGAUCCAGCGGCCUGCUGCCAUUACCGUGCUGGCGCGAGGGAUAAUUGGGUACCAAGUGUUUUUUCAGCUGGAGAAACUUGCAUGAUUCCACACCUUUCACCGGAUUUGUAAGAUUCAUUCCUAUUCCUAUUAUUUAUUGUGAGUACACAAAAAUAAUGCUUCUAACUGAACGCUUCACAUCAGCUGCGUCUGAAAGAUCCGAAAAGAUUUUAUGGUAAACGAGGGGAGAAAUGGGAACGAAGCAGCACGUUAUGGUCUACACUGGCAUAUUUUAUUACACUGAGUUUUAGCAGUCCCUGC